CAGAUUCAAUGUAAAAGACCAGAUCGGAAAAGACCAAAAUUAAGCAGUCCCAUACCCUCCGUGUCUUCAGUGUGAAGACCACAAAACCAAAUCACAAGUUUAAUACUAACUACGUUUUUCAGUCAACCAAAUCUCGUAACACAAACUCUGCCCUCUCACUCACUCUAUCUAUCUUCGACAUUUCGUCGAACACUUGCACGGCGGGUGUGAAAACAAAAAAAAAAAAUGUCUUUGCGGCCAAGCACCCGGGCGGAUGCCCGGAAGAAGUCGUACAAAACUGGGGUGGAUGCGGACGAGGCGCGGCGGCGGAGGGAAGACAACAUGGUGGAGAUCAGGAAGAGCAAGCGCGAGGACAACCUGCUUAAGAAGCGCCGCGAGGGCCUUCUCCUUCAGUCCCAACAACAACAACUCCCCCCCGACGCUACUCAAUCCGCCGCCGCUAUAGAGAAACGGCUGGAAAGUAUACCAUUGAUGGUCCAAGGGGUAUGGUCUGACGAUCCAUCUGUACAGAUUGAUGCAACUACGCAAUUCAGGAAGCUGUUGUCCAUUGAACGGAGCCCGCCAAUUGAUGAGGUCAUUAGAGCUGGAGUUGUCCCACGCUUUGUACAGUUUCUUGGGAGGCAGGACCUACCCCAAUUGCAAUUCGAAGCUGCUUGGGCUUUGACAAAUGUUGCAUCUGGGACAUCGGAGCAUACACGAGUUGUCAUUGAUCAGGGUGCUGUCCCUAUGUUUGUACAGCUUCUUAGUUCACCCAGUGACGAUGUCCGUGAGCAGGCAGUCUGGGCUUUGGGUAAUGUUGCUGGUGAUUCCCCAACCUGUAGGGAUUUGGUUCUCAGUCAAGGUGCACUCUUGCCAUUGCUAGCUCAGUUAAAUGAGAAUUCAAAGCUUUCUAUGCUCAGAAAUGCUACCUGGACUUUAUCGAACUUCUGUCGAGGCAAGCCAGCAACACCAUUUGCACAGGUCAAACCUGCUUUGCCAGUGCUUCAGCAACUUAUCCAUUUGAAUGAUGAAGAAGUUCUGACAGAUGCUUGUUGGGCUCUUUCUUAUCUAUCUGAUGGUCCCAAUGAAAAAAUACAAGCUGUAAUUGAGGCAGGUGUUUGUCCAAGACUUGUAGAGCUUCUGCUUCAUCCUUCACCUUCAGUUCUCAUACCUGCUCUUCGAACAGUGGGGAAUAUUGUCACUGGUGAUGAUGCUCAAACACAGUAUGUGAUUGACAACCAAGUCCUCACAUGUCUUUAUCGGCUCCUUACUGAAAAUCACAAGAAGAGCAUCAAGAAAGAAGCUUGUUGGACAAUCUCUAAUAUCACUGCUGGAAAUAAAGAUCAAAUAAAGGCUGUUAUUGAGUCAAAUAUUAUUCUUCCUUUGGUGUGCCUCCUUCAACAUGCAGAAUUUGACAUCAAGAAAGAGGCUGCUUGGGCCAUAUCAAAUGCCACAUCUGGAGGAUCCAAUGAACAGAUUAGGUUCUUGGCCAGUCAAGGUUGCGUUAAGCCACUUUGUGAUCUCCUGAUAUGCCCUGAUCCAAGAAUUGUUACGGUAUGCCUUGAGGGGCUUGAGAACAUUCUAAAGGUAGGUGAGGCGGACAAAAAAUUGGGAAUGAAUGAUGGCAUCAAUAUUUAUGCACAAAUGAUUGAUGAAUGCGAAGGUUUGGACAAGCUUGAGAAUCUCCAAACUCAUGACAACAAUGAGAUUUAUGAAAAGGCUGUGAAAAUCUUGGAGAAAUACUGGGGUGACGAAGACGAAGAGCCAAAUCUUCCUGAUGGCGUUGAUGAAAAUCAGCAGGGUUUUACCUUUGGGAACAGCCAGCCUAAUGUCCCUGAGGGUGGCUUCAAAUUUGGGUAGUAAGGGGAGAGAUGCAGCAGCAGCAGCAGGAGGAGGUUUGGCUUUCUUUCUACUUGGUUAGCAAAUUUGUAGUUGGCAAAAGUUUCUGGUUGGUUGCCCAAAGGUUGUUUUAUUGCUGGAAUUUUUACAAUUUAAUGCUUUUGUUUAAUUUGUUUUCUUCUCCUUUUUUAUUUGUUUGUUUUUUUUGUUGAUUUUCUUUUGGGUACUUGGCAUCAAAGAAUUAUUUAUGGGAUUGGUUUUGGUUUUGUGUGAAAAGUGAAAUGAUAUGCUUUUAGUUCUGAGUCAUAA